UCCCCGGCCGGCCGUCGCCAAGGUGCAGCCUUGGAGCGACGCGAUUGGCCCGUUCGCAGAUUCCCUGCUCGGGGCCACCAGGCUGCUAGGCCCGGUCACGAUCUUGCAGCCCCUUCCCUCCGCCACUCCGCCUCCCCGCGUCCCCGAGUACUGCAGGGCCCAGUCCCCAGGAGCGAAGAAAGGUGGAAAGGAGAGCCCGUGGGCUCCGGGAAAACUUGACCAACUUUUCGUAAAGUCCCAUCUCUACGUGUGUACUUUCGUACGCUACCUCAAACCCCGACGGAGGGAGGCAGGUAUAAAGAAAUCGGCAGGCGGCCACUGCAGUCCCUGCCGUGUGGCUUCCACACCCUGGGAACCCGGACGGCUCCACGGCUGACCCCCGCCUGCAGGCUUUCGGAACUGCAAAUGCCCCGACUUCACCCUCUUUCCCUCCCAGCGUCGGGCGGAGAGCGAGCGGUGUGGGGUGAAAACCUGAAUGAGUCCCAGCAGACUGUCAAGUCUGGAGAGUCAGGACCCGAAUGCAAGCAGGGUGACGAUCGAGGCGCUGCCAAGAGGCGCAAAUACUUCAUUCGCUCCUCGUCAGGAGCCUCCUUUGCCCCGGGAGCUAGGCCAGACUCCGCGUACAGUCAGCGAACGGAGCCCUGCACUCUGGAAACUUGGCCUGGCGCGUGGGGGCGCGGGUGUCAGGCGCUGAAGGUUGACGUGCGGGUCGGGGCCUGCAGGGAGCCGAGUGGGAGCGGACCUGGGUGCCCCCAGAACCGGCCUCCCCAUCCUCAUCCCCAGAGCUGGCCUGGGAACUUCAGGGGCCCGCGAAUGUACAGGGAGGGAGGAGCUGGGUCCGCUCUUCCUCUGGGAAAUGCCUCCUGAGCUUAGGUGUAGAAAAUGGGAGAGGGCCGCGCUCUGUGUUCCCCACGUCAGGAAGUAGAUGGGAGACGCAGACUGGGAACCAUCCAGCCUGUUGUUCAAACCAGGAUCCUUUCCAGUUGAGCCUUGGGAUGUGGCUCGGUGGUAGAAGCCUGACCUAGCCCUCACUCUGGGAGGCCCUGGAUUCGAGCUCUAGCGGCGAAAUUAUCAGAGCUUUGAUCGUAAGAACUGGCCAAGAGGAACAGGCGCAGGUCCUGAGUGUUGGGCCUGAGGCCCUUCACAAAGCGGACGCUUCUGUGUCACCGCAGUGCGGUCUCCAGACAGCCCGCUGCCACCUCACUGUGUAAACAUCUAUCCCGCCUCCACCCUCGCCACGGUGCACGCGGGGUCACCCUGCAUGCUGUCCCACUCCCCGUGGCCUCUGGUCCUUGGGUGCACUGCUGGCCGGAGAGGCCUAGAAUCUGUCUUGGUGAGUGGGCGUGUGAAUUCCUGUUGGGCCCACGGAGAGGAUCGGGGACAGCGUGCUCAGAUUCGGCAGAGAGGCAGGACAGUAAGAUGCAAGGGCCCCUGUUAAUAGUUAUGAGCAGGUAACAGGCAUCGUGACCACCUCCAUCCGGGUCGCCCGCCACUGGUGCCUCUGGUCAUCUGGCAGCCUGGGCUUCCAGGCCUUGCUGACCACAGACUCUGCUGCCAGGAAGCCUGGCAGCCUGGACUGGGUGGAGGACCUCUUCUGUUUCCAGCUUUCGAGGGAAAAACUCCAGUGAAAACGAGGGCCUGGAAGCGUCCGUGCUGUGAGCCAGUCCCAGCCGUGGUGGCCGGGGGCUCUGUGGACUUUCCCGGGUCAGCAGCCGCUUCUACUCAGCCUCAGGAGAGACCCGGAUGAAAGGCGACCCAGUGCACGCACCCGCGGGCACCGCAGCCUCCGCCGUCUCACAGCCAGGAUGAGUCCAGGCGCUCCCCUGGCGUCGCCUCCCUCCCGCCACCACCUCCACACCCACACCGCAGCCUGGCCACGCUGUCCAGGUUGUUCUGGGGACCUCAAGAGGCGCUCAGGCUGUGGCUGUGGGCAGGGUGGCUAUGCAUACUCCGGCCAUCGGGCGGCGGAGGACGUGUGCUGGUGUGGCCUCUGACGGCCUGGGGAAGCACAGGGCAGGGACCUGGCAGGGUGGGGACAGCCCUGGGCCUGGGUAAGGUGGCGUGUGGUGUGACAGCCAUGGCAGGCUGGCAGGCAGCGCCAUCUGGUCCCCUCUGAGGCUGCCCUGUGGGAGUCUAAUUAAAUCUAAACCAGAAACAGUGAGCCUUGAAGGGAAGCUACGGUGGGGGGCUGUUGCCUGGUAGUGGGUUUGUGUGGCUCCUCCGGGCUGGGUGGUGCCUGCCAGGCUCCGGCCCUAGCUCACUGUUCAGCCAGUCUAGGAGGACUCAUGCUGCCCCUCACUGGGGCACAAGCCAGCAGUUCUGUCCCUGCCUGUCUUCCAGGAGGCCCUUCCUGAAGCCGAUUCUUUCAGUCCCAGCAGUCCUGUGAAGGCUUAAUUCCCAGUGCUGCGCCUCUGUGGAACUAAAAUGGUCUCACCAUGUACCCCAGCCUGUGGUGAUCCUCCUGCCUCAGCCUCCCAAAUGCCCAGAUUACAGGUGUGCACCACCAGGCCACAAGAGAGCCCCCUUUGGGUGUGGCAGGGAGGUGAUAAGAUCGCUCACUGCCGUGUGGAGCUGGGUGAGGGUGAGGCUUCCCGGCAGGCAGGGCAGUGCCAGCGAGACGGUGUCAGACCGCAGUCCCUGGAGCACCACGGGCUGUGUGUCUGGUGCCCACCCAGGUCCCCCCCACGCGGGAACAGCCGGAAGGGGCACGUGACCUCAUCAUCCGGUGCUGGGUUCACCUCCAGGCCACAGCUGGGCCCAAGUCCGCCCAGUGCGGGUUCUCUGACGGCACCGGUGACCCCAUCUGGGAACUGCCCUGCCGUCCAGGGUCCUCCGGGCUGUUUCCUGCCUUCUAUGCGAAGUGGAGGACGGCGGAGCCCGAGGGAACAGAGGGGCCACCCUGGGCCUCCCUGCUGUCCGUUGCUGGCUACUGGGCCGCCCCUCACCCAUCCCGGGUUUGGUGAGUUCUGGCCCGGCUCCCCCAGCCCAGGGGUGCUGCCUGCCUGCCCGCCCCGAAGCACAGGGUUCGCCCAGGACCGCAGUCCCCCAAGCCCCAAGCUGGGCCCAAGUCUGGAGCAGUGGAGGUUGGGGGGUGGGGGAGACCUCGGUCCGGGACCCGGUGGGACAUCGCACGGCUGGGGGAGGGGAGAGGGCGGGCAACCUGGCUCAAUCUCCAGUCCGCCCCCAAGUCCCCAGGGCUGUCCCGAGCCCUGUACAGCUGGGGCUUGGCAGGCCCUGCAAGGCCCUGGGUCCACACUUGAGCAGGGCGGCAGCCUCUGUGUUUUCUUACUUUCCGGGGACCUGGUCAUCAGGGCCUGGUGGCCCCUGGGCCGGGACUGCUCACCGGAGUGGGCAGCGUCGAGCGCCCUGCACACCUUGCCUUGUCUCAGCUCUGGGCCCGGGGACAGUGGAGAGACAGAGACCGACAGAGGAGACCCCGGGCUGUCCUCCCGGCCGAGCCGGUUCCCAGGCCUGGAUGGGGAGCUGGCGCAGUCUGGUUUUCCCAGCUGCUCCCCUCUACCCUGGCUGGACACAGCCUCCCUCCUGGGCUGCGGUGUCCAGGCAGGGGCUCCUUGUUGACCCCUGGGUCCCUAGUGUUUGCAGGGGUGGGUUAUAGAGGUGACCCAGAGCUGCGUGCGGGAGACCCCUCCUGUGCCCCUGUUCCCAGGGUCUGCCUGCAGUUCCUGUGCGCCCUUGCCCGGUGGCUUGAGGACAGGGUGGCCACCCCCAGCCUCUCCCAGUGCCCAUAGGUGUGGUGAGCUGGCCCUGGACACCUGACCCCUGCAGUGUGGGUCAUUAAGCAAGAAGAUUUGUCCCCGGAAACCUACCCUGCCUUCUCCAGAGCAGAGACCCACUGUGCACCCAGCCCUACUGUGUGGAGUGCAGACCCUGCUCCAGCCUGGCCCAGUGGCAGAGCCCUGCCCAGAGAUCUGCACCUGCUCCUGUCCCUGAUUUCCUGGCCCUUUCCAGCCCACCCCUGUAAGACCUCACCAGCCUCCCAGGCUGCAGUGUAAACAGGACCAAACACAUCGCCUGCCAGUCAUCCCAGUACUCGGGAGGCUGAGGCAGGAGGGUCGCUGCAAGUUGAAGGCCAGCCUGAAUGUAGCCAGACCCUUCUGCUCCCACUCCCACAAAAAAGCAUCCCUACCUAUGACGGGUGGGACCCAUCACAGGUUCUUGCGCAGUGCGCAGUGCCCCUGUAUUGAAAUA